AUGCGCGCCCUCUCACUCAGAAUCCCAUCACAUCUAGUCAACUAUGUCCGUUCCCUGGAUGCUGUUGAGUUUGUUGAACAGGACAGUCUUGGUCAUAUUCAAGGCCAACAGAAUGGAGCUACGUGGGGUUUAGAUCGAGUUGAUCAGCGUGAUUUACCAUUAGACAACACUUUCAAAUAUCCCGAUGACUUUCAGGGCAAUGGUGUGAAUGUGUAUGUGAUGGACACCGGCGUUAACAUCAACCACAGCGAGUUUGGGACCCGCGCCCAUAUGCUGUACGGCACCGCAGACGACCAUGGCCACGGCACGCAUUGCUCUGGAACUGUGGGUGGUGCGACCUAUGGAUUAGCCCGCCAAUCAACCAUUCAGAGCGUCAAGAUAUGCAACCAACACGGUAGCUGUACCAAGAGUGCCUUUGUGCUUGGUUCUGACAGUGUCAAGGCCCACAAUCAGAGUCCAAAGGGAGUGGUCUCAAUGUCCCUCCAUUAUGGGGCCUCUAAACUAAUUGACAAUGCUGUGACUGCUCUUUGGGAUGCCGGCUAUGUAAUUUCCGUUGCUGCUGGAAAUAAAGACACCGACUCGUGCCACUACUCGCCGCAAAGAGUCGUAAACACAAUCACCGUUGGGGCAACGGAUGAUAGCGAUGCAAGAGCUUACUUCUCCAACUACGGUACUUGCGUUGACCUCUUCGCUCCCGGUGUUGACAUCUUAAGCGCCGGCUACGCAACUACCACUGGCACUGCUAUCAUGUCCGGAACAUCCAUGGCUUGCCCCCACGUAUCAGGAGCCGCAGCCCUUUAUGUAAGUAAAGACAACAGCGAAACGCCGCAACAGAUCAAAACUAGAAUGUUGAGCGACUCCACGCUUAAUAAAGUUACUGAUGUGAAGGGAAGUCCUAACAAACUACUGUACAUCGGAAAUAUUUAAGUCAUCACAUCGUUGAACAACUCGGAGUGGUUUUCAACACCGUAUGGACCCAAGCAGUUACCAGCGAUUUACACUUAAUACUUACUUAAAUGCAUUAACUGAAAUGUAAUCCUAUCAUUAUGUGUCACAUUAUCUCAACAUGAUGUCGGCGCUUUUUCUUUUUAAACAGUUCCAGUAAAAAGUGUAACUGUCCUUAGAUAUGGAUCAUACUGCCCUCAAAUCAACUUUGUGUACUUUUUAUCCGGAAGCCUGUAGCCUAUACUUAAUAUAAAAAAGGAAAAAUGCAGAUUCGUGAAAAUUUCUUCGUCUGAAGUAACCCAUUUGAUUAAAAUCUAUAUUGAAGACAACAAUGUUUCGCUUUGCACAAUUUCUUUGAGUCGUUCACAGUUGGACACUGUAAAUAUUUAUACCAGUUUUCCUCUUGUGACUCCGACAAAGGUAAAAUGGUUCAAUUUUGGUAAUUAUCCAUUGUCUUAAAGCCAUUGGACACUUUCUGAACAGAACCAAAAUUAAAAGUUCACAGAU